AUGUUUGAUAGAGAAUUGUCGACUAUUGAUGAGGAAUCGGAAGACGCUUGGUCCGGAACAUCAGGAACAUCAGAAACAUCGACUGAAAUGACGACUACGUCAUCUAGAACUAGGAGGUAAACUUAGAAAGCUAAUGUUAGGGGAAAAAGAUGAAAGAUCUGAUUAUACCUAAUUAUCUGGAAUUAAUUAUAGUAUUUCAAAUUAUUAUACCUCGCUACGAAGUACGUAAAAAAUUAAUUAUUAGUGACAAUGUGAAAAAAUCAAAGAAACAAAAAAAAUAGGUUCGCGAGAGGAAUCGUACUCAGCGCCUCUAAUUAUUAUCAGAUAACUACCGCAGAAAAUUCAAAAUAUUUUGAAAUGUUUAAAAACCUCACAUUCUUGUGACACCCCUGUGAUCACACACGUUUGAAAAAGAAGAAAGUUGUGCAAUUUUCAUCGCGCAGCCGACAAAAACGGUGCAACGCCUAGCGGUUUAAUUACCCCCACUUCAUCAAAAACAAAAAACAUAGCGAAAAUCAGCGUAUCGAGAUCUGUGCGAAUGACUUUAUUUGGAAUUUUUAGGGGUCCUGGGAAGAAAGUUAGCCUCCGCUGCGAGACCAUUUCAAACUAAAAACACACGCGCCUUUGAAACCGUACCUCUUUUUUUCACAAGAAAAAAAUAAAGAGUGUGGCAAACGAGGAGAGUGCGAGAGAUGUGUGAGAACAAAAUGUGUGCAAACACCUGUCUGCAAACACCGUUGUCGCCGCUUACCAUGACUCUUCAUUGCAUGGGAAAAACGUGUGUGGUGGAAAAGGAAAAUCAUGAUUUUCCUUUUCCACUCGUGCGAAUUUUGAAAAUCGCAGGAAAAAGAAAAGAGAAAACAGCAUUUCAUCAUGUUCCUUGAAAAAUUGACUACGGUUUGUGUGUUUGUGCGUCGCUGUGUUUGCACACACCGUAGUGAAUUUUAAAGGAACAUGUGAAAAAAGCAUUUCUUUCUUUUUUUUUUCAGCAAAAUACUGCGCGGCACAAAAAUCGAAAAGGCCGUAAAAGCGUGCCAGAGUGGAAAUAUAACUCUGCUCAAAACCCUUCAAAUUGCGCCGAAUCAAUUGGACGACGAAGAAUGUGGACUUUUGCACUGGGCAGCGAUCAAUAAUCAAAUUGAAAUAAUCGAAUAUUUGCUGACAAAGGGGGCGAAUAUUAAUGUGAUUGGCGGAAAUUUGAAAUCGACGCCGCUGCAUUGGGCAUGUCAUGUGGGACAUUUAGAAGCAGUUGUUACACUUAUUUUGGUGAGAUUUUUUUAAUCUAAAUGGGCGGGACCUUCUGAGAAAGCGGCAGAAAAUCAAAAAUAUGGAUAUAGAGUAUCAAAGUAAAGAAAGGAUAUCAAUUUUUAGAAGUUUCAUCUAAAUGUGUGCGCUUUUCUUUUGAAAAAAACCUUUACGUCGCCAGAAAAAAACGAUCCGUCGAAAAAUUUCAAAAAAAAAAGAAAAAACGCGGUCCAUGGAGGAAAAUGCGUCCGACCCUUGUACAAAUUUAAAUUUGUGUGCGUCGUGGCCCUUCCUCUCUGUCUCUCACUUUUUCUCCUUGUUGACUCUGCUUCUUUUUCUUUUUUUCUCGACUGAUUUUCGAGUAUUGUCCAUUUUGCCGAACUCAAUUGAUCAGAGGUGAAUUCAUCGUUGAUCAAUAAUGAGAAAAACAUUUUUUUUUUUCGGAAAAAUCAAUUUUUGAAAGCUGACGGUCAUCGAUGGUCAGACACAAUAAAUGAAAGCGCACCGUGUGAGAAAGCUGCAGAAAAUCAAAAAAUAUAGAACUCGAGAGGACAUCAAGUUUUAGGAGUUUUAAGAAGAAAUUGCACAAAAUUUCAAAAAAAUAAUUUUCACUGGAAAAGUUUCUUAUUGCCAUAGAUUUUUCAGCUUUUUUUCAGUUUUUCAGUUUGAAAAAAAGGAAAAAGAGGGAAACGGAUAAUUAGAAAUUCAAAUGAAAGAAACGAAAAUAGAGAAAAACAAAAAAAAACAAACAUGUACUUUUAGUGAUUUUUUCAGUGCCUUUUUGAGCGAAAAUGUCCCUGGGGUAUCUUUGGUGAACGCUCAUUUUUUCAAUUUAUUUUCACAAAAAAAGGCUUAGGCCUACAAAUUAAAAACAUUAUUUUAUUACUGAAAAUUGUUGAUUUUUCGCUUCGCGUCGUCCUUAAAAUAUCUAUUUUUAGAAUGGCGCCGAUCCUUCAAUUCGAAAUAUCAAUGGUGAAACUGCACUGCAUGUAGCGGCUCAAACUGGAAAUUCCGUAAUCAUUUCCUAUAUUUUAAUCAAAGCGGAUCGAAUCAAAGAUGCUCGGGAUAAAUUUGGACAGUCUGCAUUGCUUAUUGCAGCUCGAAAUUGUUAUGGAAUGUUUCCCAUCAAGAUUUUUGUGUUCCGUCGAGCGCAUUUGGAUUUUGCGGAUGAUUUGAAAGGAGAAACUGCGUUGCAUAUUUCGGUUAGAAAACAGAAUCAUUUGGGAGCGGUGUAGGUUUCUUUUAAAUGUUUUUGGAGUUAAUUUAUCGUGUGGAAACGUUUGGAAAUGAUUUUCAAACCGAUAUUGUUUCCAGAGAACUUCUCGUAGGUGGUGCCGAUUAUGAAAAACGAAAUCAGGAAGGAAAAACUGCACUUCAAUUAACCUCUCAAAAAUCCGCGAAAUCUUUGAAAAAAUUGACAAAAAAUACAUAUUUGAAACGAUUUGGCACGAAAAAAAUGCGAUUUUUCUCAAAUUGGGGAUUUGAAAUGCUAUUCUCAGCUUCAAUUAUUGGAAUCACUGUCAUUUUGUUUUUCCUUGCCACAUAUUUCAUUCACAUGGCAGCCGGUUUUGCAGUUUUGGCGAUUAUGAUUGCGCUGAUUUUCGGGAUUUAUUAUAAAAAACCGAUUCAACAUAUGAUGCUUUUGCCAGUUUCGUAUAUUCAAACUUUGGGUUUUGCGGAAUUUGGAAUACUGUAAGUUUUCUGAGAAAAUUUUAAGAAAAGAAUGAGAAUUAUUCCAGGAUUUUUUAUACGAAUGGGAUUAUUCCUUGGUAUAUUUUGGUGCCAACAAUUUUGCUUUGGGCGAUUUCGGGACUUGUUUUUUGGACGUAAGUUUGAAAUUUUUAUAAACUUGCAUUGUUCCUAGGAAUAAGUUUCAUUUUCCAGACUCCUAUUCUGGAACCCUGGAGUCAUUGCUUAUCCCGAAAAACCCUACGACGAAUUCAUCAAAAAAAUCGAAUCCGGAAGCAAAGAUCGAUGGUGUUUCACAUGCUGGAUCCCAAAAACCCAGAAUUCUCAUCAUUGUUCAAUUUGCGAUCGAUGUGUUCAUGAUUUUGAUCAUCAUUGUCCAUGGAUUUAUAAAUGCGUAUAUCAGAAAAAUAUGAAACUAUUUUUGAGUUUUCUCAUCCUCACUUUGGUCUGCUGCUAUGUUUAUUCGAUCAUUGUUGGAUUUUGUAUAUAUCAUCAUGUUGUGAAUGAGGGAGCUUGUGAGUUUUUUGCGGGUUUUUACUGCUUUUGCUUCUUAUCUGUGUGACUUGGCACAGAUUUUCAAUUUUCUGUAAAAAGUGACCUGAAAAUGAGAAAUAACCUUUUUUAGUACAUGUUUUCUUGAACGAAACAAUAUUAUUGACUUCGUUCAUCUUCUCAAUAUUCCACAUAUUUGGUGCCAGCACAAUUGUUUUCACCCAAUUCAAUCAAGUCUCUCGAUUUUCUCAUGGAAAUCCAAAUUUGGCGCUCGACGAAAAUUUGACACUCGGAAAACGCAUCGGAAAUGUUGUCACUUAUUUUGUAACACCAACUCGUUCACCAAAAACUUCUGCAACCACUUUUUCGACCACAACAUCAACUGAAACAUAUUUGAGUUGA